GUUUAAGGUGAGGUGAAAUUAUAGGGAAAUUUGACCAACAGCCUAGACACUGCCUUUUGUAAAGUUCCCUUGCACAAUUCCUUUUAGGUUAGUGUUGUGCUACAGAUAAAAUAAUAAUGAAAGCAAAGUUUCAAUUUUUCUCCACUAGUCCUUUUUCUGAUUGGUCAAUAGAAGACAUCCCAAUUUAUACAAACUGCUGUAAUGUAAUAAAAGUUCUUCAAUGGUAAAAAUUCACAAUCAUUUAUAAUAUUAGUUUGCAAUUUGAAUUAUUGCAGAAAAUUUGUUUUUACUCAGUAUUUCGAUUAUUAACCGGAAUCUUUAACCUUUAUUCCCCUUAUUAAUACUACUACUUACUACUAUUAUUAUUAUCAUCAUCGUCACUAUUAUGGCUCUUGAACCAGUUGUUAUCAGUCUUCGAAGACCAACAUCGGAUAAAUCUUGGGGAUUUGCACUUCAAGGUGGUGUAGAUCAAGGUUUGCCAGUAUUCGUUCACAAAGUCACUCGUAAUGGGAUAGCGCAUAAAUCUGGACUUGAACCUGGAGAUGUAGUAAUAAAAAUUUGUGCUACACCAGUGACUGGAAUGACACAUGCUCAAGUGAAAGCAGAAAUUCUAAGGGCUGGUAAUGACUUAGAUUUUAUGGUUAAAAAACGUGACUUCAAUGUGGUUCAAUACAAUCAGACAAUGCAACAGAUAGCUGCUGCCAACAAACCAGUAGAACAAGCAUCUGGGUCACCUGAACCACGGGCUGAAAUAGUUGAAGAACAUUUAUGGAGACAUGGUGGUCCAACAUUUAAGAAUGUUCAACCAAAGUCAUACAAGAUCCUUGAACAACAGUUACCUCAGUCAAAUAUGGGAGUUAUAGCAAAGAGUUUUGAUGCAAAUCAAUCAGUUAUAACAAAGAGUUUUGAUGCAAAUCAAUCAGGUCCUGCACCAGGUUCCGUUUUCGAUCGUAGUUUAGAUGAACGAUCACCUUAUUUACAAGCUACUGAGAAGACUAUUCAAAAAGCCUAUGGAGAAUCAUAGAUGAAGUCUACAAAUCAAAGUUUAAAGACGUUGAUUCAGACAUUCACACUCAUAUAUAUAUAUAUAUAUAUAUAUAUACGAAUACACUUUUGUUUUCUUACUUUUACGAUAAAACCUGCAAUGCCACAAUAACCUUUCUUAAUAAUUAUAAUUCCGUUCAUUCGCUUAAUGUAAUUAGAUAUUAAAAUUCUUAUUUAUAUACACUUAUUACUGAUACAAAAUAUCGUUUAUUUUGAAGGUGUUGCAUUAUUAACACAUCUUCUACCCUUCCUUCCCCUUCAUUCUUUAUCUCGUUAUUUUAAUUGUGUGA